AUGAAGCUCGCUCUCGCUCUCUGUGCCACGUUCCUCUUCGUCGUCCUGGUCCAGGCCAAACAAGAAUGUACACCUGGCCAGACAAAGAAACAAGACUGCAACACGUGCACUUGCACCCCCACUGGAGUCUGGGCCUGCACACGCAAGGGCUGCCAGCCCGUUAAGAGACAGAUUUUCUGCGAGCCGGGCACGUCGUGCAGUGUCAAAUGCCAUACGUGUCCCUGACGGAAGGACGGGAAAUAGUCAGCCAUAUCCUUCAAGGCCUGUCCUGACGACUAA